AUGUCUCAAUAUGAUCGAUGUUCAUCGAAUAAUGCAUGUGCCUGUUUUCACGAGGCAGGUGCUAUUGAGACAGGUAUUUGCCUCGAUCGAUUCUUGGAUUGUGCUGAAUUAGUUCCAUGCGAACGUCCAAACAAUGUUUGUAAGGCACCUGGACAUAGAUGUGUUCAUCAUCCUCUAUGUCAUGAGCUACCUGUUUGUUAUCCGGUACCAGAUUUCAACCGAUAUCUAUGUCCAUCGAUAACAAGUAAGAGUAACAAACAAUGA